AUGCGCGCGGACAGGAGCCCGUUUCUGCCGCUCCAGCUCCCCCUCGACAGCGACUGCGAGCCAGGAGCGAUCGCCCCGCGUGCGCUGCGCGCGCCGCGCGAGCAGCGCACUCUUGCCGGGGCGGCGGCGCUGUCGGCGGCCGCGGCGGCGCUGGCUUUGCUGGUUGUGGCUUGGCGCGCGGGGCCCUCCACGGGGACCGCGACGCUUGCCUCCCCCGAGGCUAUCAUUGUCGAGGCCGCCGGCAAUGUGAGUGGCGCUGAUCCCAACGAGACCGACAAGUGCUCACAGACUGGGGCGUCUUGCGAUCUUUCCAAGUGCUGUUCUGAGCCCGGCGCGAAGUGCUACAAGAAGGAUGAUGGUUGGAGCUCGUGCAACCAAACUUGCAACCCAUACUACAUGUGGACGGUGGAUGAUGGAUGGGUCAAGACGAACGAGACAGUUUGGGAUUGCGAGGAGAUUCGGCUCCCGUGCACGGAAAAUGGGGCGUCUUGCGCACUUUCCAAGUGCUGCUCUGACCCGUACGCGAAGUGCUACAAGAAGAACGCCGGCUGGAGCUCGUGCAACCAAACUUGCGACCCAAACUCCAAGUGGAUGGAUGACCGCUGGGUCAAGACCAACGAAACAGUUUGGGAUUGUGAGGUCAUCAGUGUUGGUAGUACCGACGUUUCGACUGACUCCGAUGCCGGCAAUGUCGCUGCUACGCGUGCUCGCAGAGCAGGGCAGUCUUGCGACAGACCCAUGUGUUGCUCUGAGCCUGGCGCGAGGUGCUACAAGAAGGAUGAUGGUUGGAGCUCGUGCAACCAAACUUGCGGGGGGACCACAAACUCCAUGUGGAUGUAUGACCGCUGGGUCAAGACGGACAACUCAGUUUGGGAUUGCAAGGACCUCACCGUGACUCCUGUGGAAUCAGCGGAUCCCAUCAAAGAUGCAGAAGCCGAGGACGAAACCGGCACGUGUUCGCAGAAUGGGGCGUCUUGCACACAUUCCAAGUGCUGUUCUGAGCCAGGCUCGAAGUGCUACAAGAAGGAUGAUGGUUGGAGCUCGUGCAACCAAACUUGCGACCCAAACAGUAAGUGGACGGUGGAUUAUGGAUGGGUCAAGACGAACGAGACAGUUUGGGAUUGCGAGGAGAUUCGGCUCCCGUGCACGGAAAACGGGGCGUCUUGCGCACUUUCCAAGUGCUGCUCUGACCCGUACGCGAAGUGCUACAAGAAGAGCGCUGGCUGGAGCUCGUGCAACCAAACUUGCGACCCAAACUCCAAGUGGAUGGAUGACCGCUGGGUCAAGACCAACGAAACAGUUUGGGAUUGCGAGGUCAUCAGUGUUGAUAGUACCGACGUUUCGACUGACUCCGAUGCCGGCAAUGUCGCUGCUACCGCGUGCUCGCAGACAGGGCAGUCUUGCGAACAGACCAUGUGUUGCUCUGAGCCUGGCGCGAAGUGCUACAAGAAGAAUGAUGGUUGGAGCUCGUGCAACCAAACUUGCGACCCAAACAGUAAGUGGACGGUGGAUGAUGGAUGGGUCAAGACGAACGAGACAGUUUGGGAUUGCGAGGAGAUUCGGCCCCCGUGCACGCACAACGGGGCGUCUUGCGCACUUUCCAAGUGCUGUUCUGAGCCCGGCGCGAAAUGCUACAAGAAGGAUGAUGAUUGGAGCUCGUGCAACCAAACUUGCAACCCAUACUACGUGUGGACGGAUGAUAAUGGAUGGGUCAAGACGAACGAGACAGUUUGGGACUGCGAGGAGAUUCGGCUCCCGUGCACGGAAAACGGGGCGUCUUGCGCACUUUCCAAGUGCUGCUCUGACCCGUACGCGAAGUGCUACAAGAAGAGCGCUGGCUGGAGCUCGUGCAACCGAACUUGCGACCCAAACUCCAAGUGGAUGGAUGACCGCUGGGUCAAGACCAACGAAACAGUUUGGGAUUGUGAGGUCAUCAGUGUUGAUAGUACCGAUGUUUCGACUGACUCCGAUGCCGGCAAUGUCGCUGCUACCGAUGUUCCAGCAGACUCCGCGAGCAGCUCCGAUGCUUCGACAGCCUCCGCGUGCUCGCAGACAGGGCAAUCUUGCGAACAGACCAUGUGUUGCUCUGAGCCUGAUGCGAAGUGCUACAAGAAGAAUGAUUGGUGGACUCGUGCAACCAAACUUGCGACCCAAACUCCAAGUGGAUGGAUGACCGCUGGGUCAAGACCAACGAAACAGUUUGGGAUUGUGAGGUCAUCAGUGUUGGUAGUACCGAUGUUUCGACUGACUCCGAUGCCGGCAAUGUCGCUGCUACCGCGUGCUCGCAGACAGGGCAGUCUUGCGAACAGACCAUGUGUUGCUCUGAGCCUGGCGCGAAGUGCUACAAGAAGAAUGAUGGUUGGAGCUCGUGCAACCAAACUUGCGACCCAAACAGUAAGUGGACGGUGGAUAAUGGAUGGGUCAAGACGAACGAGACAGUUUGGGAUUGCGAGGAGAUUCGCUCGUGCAACCAAACUUGCGACCCAAACUCCAUGUGGAUGAAGGACCGCUGGGUCAAGACGGACAACUCAGUUUGGGAUUGCAAGGACCUCACCGUGACUCCUGUCGAAUCAGCGGAUCCCAUCAAAGAUGCAGAAGCCGAGGACGAGACCGGCACGUGCUCGCAGAAUGGGGCGUCUUGCACACAUUCCAAGUGCUGUUCUGAGCCAGGCUCGAAGUGCUACAAGAAGGAUGAUGGUUGGAGCUCGUGCAACCAAACUUGCGACCCAAACAGUAAGUGGACGGUGGAUGAUGGAUGGGUCAAGACGAACGAGACAGUUUGGGAUUGCGAGGAGAUUCGGCUCCCGUGCACGGAAAACGGGGCGUCUUGCGCACUUUCCAAGUGCUGCUCUGACCCGUACGCGAAGUGCUACAAGAAGAGCGCUGGCUGGAGCUCGUGCAACCAAACUUGCGACCCAAACUCCAAGUGGAUGGAUGACCGCUGGGUCAAGACGAACGAGACAGUUUGGGAUUGCGAGCUCGUGCAACCAAACUUGCGACCCAAACUCCAUGUGGAUGAUGGACCGCUGGGUCAAGACGACAACUCAGUUUGGGAUUGCAAGGACCUCACCGUGACUCCUGUCGAAUCAGCGGAUCCCAUCAAAGAUGCAGAAGCCGAGGACGAGAACGGCACGUGCUCGCAGAAUGGGGCGUCUUGCACAAAUUCCAAGUGCUGUUCUGAGCCAGGCUCGAAGUGCUACAAGAAGGAUGAUGAUUGGAGCUCGUGCAACCAAACUUGCAACCCAUACUACGUGUGGACGGAGGAUAAUGGAUGGGUCAAGACGAACGAGACAGUUUGGGACUGCGAGGAGAUUCGGCUCCCGUGCACGGAAAACGGGGCGUCUUGCGCACUUUCCAAGUGCUGCUCUGACCCGUACGCGAAGUGCUACAAGAAGAGCGCUGGCUGGAGCUCGUGCAACCGAACUUGCGACCCAAACUCCAAGUGGAUGGAUGACCGCUGGGUCAAGACCAACGAAACAGUUUGGGAUUGUGAGGUCAUCAGUGUUGAUAGUACCGAUGUUUCGACUGACUCCGAUGCCGGCAAUGUCGCUGCUACCGAUGUUCCAGCAGACUCCGCGAGCAGCUCCGAUGCUUCGACAGCCUCCGCGUGCUCGCAGACAGGGCAAUCUUGCGAACAGACCAUGUGUUGCUCUGAGCCUGAUGCGAAGUGCUACAAGAAGAAUGAUUGGUGGAGCUCGUGCAACCAAACUUGCGACCCAAACAGUAUGUGGACGGAGGAUAAUGGAUGGGUCAAGACGGACAAGAAAGUUUGGGAUUGCGAGGAGAUUCGGCUCCCGUGCACGGAAAACGGGGCGUCUUGCGCACUUUCCAAGUGCUGCUCUGACCCGUACGCGAAGUGCUACAAGAAGAACGCCGGCUGGAGCUCGUGCAACCGAACUUGCGACCCAAACUCCAUGUGGAUGAAGGACCGCUGGGUCAAGACGGACAAUUCAGUUUGGGAUUGUGAGGUCAUCAGUAUCGAAGAAGCCCCGAAAAGUGUCUGGGACGUUCUCGUUAGAAUCUGGAACAUAUGGAGGUAGCAGUCGUCACUUCCGCAACGGUAGGUUCGUAGCAUCAGCACGGGCUUCGUGCUGCGACGGUCAGAGCCUGACUUUAACUGGCCUCUCUUUUGCAUCCUGCUGGAGACCCUGGCAGCAGAUCGAGGCGCCUGGCUCCUGAUUGCCUUUGCCCACUCUCGUCUCCGCUCUCCUUCUUCUUGUCCUUCCUUCUCAUCUUCUUCACCGUCAUCGUUUGUGAAAGACUAUUGCGCCUUCACCUUUCCUCUUGCCUCUCUCAGUCCAAGACGGCCUCAGGGGCCCUUGUAGGCAGGCUGUACCGAUCCAGCCUGUCGCAGAGUUUCCCGUCGGGUUGCGAUGUUGCGCGACCCGCAGGCAGCGCGCACGAGCAGGCUCUAAUUCUUCACGCUUCGCGUAUCCCCACCAGCCCAUCUCAAAACAGCAACUCUUGCGAAGCAUGCCGACAGUCGUGUUUUUCAGGCGUCUUUCCGCCUGCCCCC